UCCGAGACACAAUAUUCUGUUACAUUGUAGCAAAAUGGCGACUGUCAUUCACAACCCCCUGAAAGCACUCGGGGACCAGUUCUACAAAGAAGCAAUUGAGCACUGCCGCAGCUACAACUCUCGGCUCUGCGCCGAGCGCAGCGUCCGCCUUCCCUUCCUGGAUUCGCAAACUGGGGUGGCUCAGAACAACUGCUACAUCUGGAUGGAGAAGAGGCACAGGGGACCAGGCUUGGCCCCAGGUCAGCUGUACACAUACCCAGCACGUUGCUGGCGCAAAAAGAGGCGUUUGCAUCCCCCUGAGGAUUCCAGGCUGAAGCUGCUGGAAAUAAAACCUGAAGUUGACCUGCCUCUGAAAAAAGAUGGGUUCACCUCAGAAAGCACAACUCUGGAAGCCUUGCUACGUGGAGARGGAAUAGAGAAAAAAACAGACACUAAAGAGGAAGACACUAUACAAGAAAUCCAGAGGGUUUUAGAAAAUGACGAAAAUGCAGAUGAAGUGAAUGAGGAAGAAGAUUUGGAAGAAGAUAUUCCAAAACGAAAGAACAGGCCUAGAGGACGGCCAAAGACCCCCACCUGGAAAAAAAUUUUCCAGAAAAAUGCUCGGGGAUCUGGAGGUGGCAGGAGACGGAAUGAUGCUGCCUCCCAGGAUGAUCAUGACAAACCCUAUGUUUGUGACAAUAGUUACAAACAAAAGCAUAACUCAAAAAUCUCCGACAAAGUCUGUGGCAAGCGUUACAAGAACAGGCCUGGGCUGAGCUACCACUAUGCUCACACCCACCUUGCCAGUGAAGAGGGUGAUGAAGCCCGUGAGCAGGAGACCCGCUCUUCCCCUGUCCACCGAAAUGAAAACCACAAACCCCAGAAAGGACCAGAUGGGGUCAUCAUUCCCAAUAACUACUGUGACUUCUGCCUCGGAGGCUCCAAUAUGAAYAAAAAAAGUGGCCGGCCUGAGGAACUUGUAUCAUGCUCAGACUGUGGGCGCUCUGCCAGCCCUGUCAUGGAUUCCAGCAGCCUUCAAGCAAGACAUUUCAGAAGAAGACUGAGAGAAGCCAGGAUGCUUUGAUACUUCUUUCCUUGCCCUGACUCUUCCGUACCCGUGUUCCACCUGGCACAGGAGCCUGGACUGUGGGAAGUUGGCUGCCAGCUGUKGAGAGAAGUUCUGGGGAUGCCCUAAGCUGGUGCAAUACAAAGAAGUUUUUUGAAGUCUUGAUUUCACUUUCUUUUAAGUGUGUGUAUAAACCCAGGUCAGACUGGAAUUGAUCUACAGUAGAACUGACUGAAAAACAAACAAACUGAAAAAGACAACUAUUUUAUUUAUUUCGAUAUUUAAGAAAGAAGUGCUGAAGUUGCACAGUAUUUUUGUUUGAAAUACAUUUUACUUCAAAUUUUAAAUGCAAUUUUGUGAAGACAUGAAAUUUUAAAAAGCACUUACUGUAAAAUAAAGACUGAAUAUUUACUUUAAGGAAAAAUCUUUUUUUAAAUAAUGAAAAUAAAGGUCAACUCUGCUCUCUCUCUUACUUUAAAGAAGCCAUUCAUACAUGUGCUGGGUAUCUUUGUUUUUUGAAAAUUGGAUGUGGUAAGUGAAGAUUGUUCUGGUUUAUUUUCUCCUUAAUAAUAUUAUCCUGUUAGAUGCUUAAAACUUACUUUGCUGUACUGUGUUAUGCAUAAAUCUGAACAAAAACUGUUGGAGCAGUGAAGACCAGGCUCAGUGGUUGAAUUUUUUCAUUACCAGAUUUUGUGUCCAUUUCAAAGGACUGUCUUCUCCUAGUAGGAUUGAUGUGUCUCUUUUGCAUGGUAAAAGAGAUUUGCUCUUGAGCAACUCUGUGAAAUACUUCUGCUGAAAGAGGGGUUUAAAAAUUGAAAACAAUUCUGUUCAUUUUUGGGGKUUUUUUUGUUGGUUUUUUUUCUUUUUUUCUUUGUUAAUUCCAUAGUUAAUUGUGAGUUGGUUGUAAGGGAAGCAUCUAAAUGUUAAGUGCCCUUGGCAUGGAUCUUUCUGUCAAGGGUGAUGUCGUAUGUAGAAAACUUGUGUACUUCAGCCCUUUCUGAAGAGGGAGUGGACUUUAAAAAGCAUACAUUUGCAUCCACGUCUGCAACAYAGGUUACUAAGCAGGAGAAAAAUAUGAGUUCCCGCAGCUUCAAUCCUAAGUUGUCCUCUGAGGCAGUGGUGAGGGAUGUUCACGUCCCAAAUUCUAAGUCGUUGGGCAUUUUCUUGGUGAAAGAGGUGUUCUCUUUCGUAUGAGAGGGUUUUGUUGGCUGCCAGRUCUGCUCCCAGUGGAUAGCUGAGGUCUGUUCAGUGUCAUGUAUGAUGCAGUCUAGAGGGAUGCAGGAUAGYCUUGUGUCCUAGGAGAAGGGUAUUGGACUUGGCUCUGUCUGGCACCCCUGUUACAGAGGAGAAGCAAACUGAGGGCAAACCAUACCAACAAUUAUUGGGAAAGACCUUCAGGGUACAGGCAGGAAUAAAGUAAUUUUGUUAAUGUGGCUUAAUUGGCUUUCAGAAUGAAAAAGCUAUGUCUACAAUGCAUGCUGACUAGGUGAAGCUGACAAAAACCUGAUACUGCAUUGUGUUUCUUGCACACCUUGCACCCACACUCACCUCACUGAGAGGUUUCCAUGUGUCAGUAGCAGCAGAUUUUUUUUACUCUUCUCCCUUUCCCUUCUCCCACUUCUUCCCAGAUUAACACACAUAGUCAAAAAUAAUCAUGUAAGGUAGUCCUGCUCUAACUAAAUUAAAUGACAAUUUGUGUCCUAAUUGGGCUUUUUAGCAGGUUGGGUUUGCUUUGUUCAUGUUGUUGGUUUCUAAACUUGCAGUGGUGAACUGCCUCUAGAGAAAAAAAAAAGAAAUAAAUUUCUAUUUCAUCCAAAUAUAAGACGCACAACUGUAAUGAAGAUUUGAAAACUGUAGGGUCUGUGUUCAGUUUGUGUAAUAUUCCUUCCAAAUAAAAGUUCUGCUUCCAGUGUCCCUACUGUAUAUUCCUCUGUAAAUAUUACUUUCCAAGCAAUUCUGCAAGGUCUUUUUUAGUGCAAAAAUUCUUCUUUUAAAAAGACAUUGUUAAGUAACAUACAUGUACAUUUACUUUUCUAAGCUCUCCAUUGUUUAUAAUACUCUCUUUGAAGCUUAAAAUAAAACUUCCUCCUCUAUUGAUUUUGUUUCCCUUUUCCAUUUUGUAAAUUAUGACUUUUGUCCCUGGAUUUUGUUUUGUAUUUCCUAGUGAACCAUGACAUUAACCAAGAAUUGUCUUAAUUUUUCUACUUUACUUUCUCUUCUCCAUUCAUUGGACUGCAGAAACUGGUCCUGUUGCUUGCUAUAGUGAAGGUAGGCAGGAAAUAAAAACUGGUUUCGUAUAGGACUUAUUUUAAGAGUGUUUUCUAGCAUUUGGUGAUAAUACAGGAUCUUCCUAAAUGUGUUUGUAUUUUAAUAGCCUUCUUCAUGAGAUCAGUAGAGUUGCAUUAAGUUAAUUUAGAGUCAGAGGUGGUGUCUAAAUUAUAUGAUAGGUGUUGCAUAGAUUUUAGUGGGACUGCCUUAAGGAGUCCUGCCCUACCUAUGCUAUUUCCAGUCAAGUCCCUGGAUUAACUGGAAACCUUUGCAUUUCACAGUGCUGGCAUGAACCUUCCUUUUCCCUUUACAUGUAUUAGAUUAAUGACAUUGCUGUAUAGAAUGGAAAGAGAAAGGGGAAAUACUAUUUCAGAUUAGAUGUUUUCUUUGUAGGAAACUCUCUGUGUGACCUCUUCCCUAAUACGCCUUGCUGUAAUUUUUACGAAGCUCUGUUAUACAGAUGGUCUCCUACCUGCCUGAUUCUUAACAUCUGUGUGUGACAGACUGUGUGUCUUUGUGGCAGGUAACUAACUAUUCUUGGUCUUCUUUUAUAGGCUUUCCCUAUAAUAUUGUAUUUUCACAGGUGUAAUUUCAAUUUCCAUUAGUGUUUUUUCUUCCCUCUUUCUUCAGGUCAAUAUGACUUGAAAACUUUACUCCUUGCCUUCAGACCUUAUCUUUACCUGUGCAAGGUCUUUGGCCAAUUCAUUGGAGGAUGGAGGAAACAAAAAGGCRGUUUCAGCUGCCUUUGCUGUCUUCAGUCACUGUGGCUCUUUGGAACCUGUUUGGGAUCUGAUAGAACAGCUCAUGGACUCCUUACUGGUUGUCUUCAGCUGUUCUUUGGCUAAAAAGGUCUUUCCUUCCUUUUCACUUGUGCACUGGGGACCAAAGGUAGCUGAAAUGGUGGGGUAGGUUCCAGCUGUAUCUGUGAGCUGUGCUGAGAAGGCUCCUGUGAUGGUCUCCUUGUAGUGCGCGCUGAGUGAAAGGAUCGCUGCUUUUACAGCCCCUCCUAGAAACUUCCAUUUUCCUUUCUGUGAUUUGAUCACAGMUAUUCCUACAAUGAUCUGAGCUGCAGGCCUAGAAAACUACUCUUUCAUAAGGAUUUCAGGGGAGGUGGGUAAUCUUUUCCUACCUGAAAGCAGAGAAAGGAGGGGAGGGUAUGUGAUGGCUCCUGGUCAAUGCUGCUGUUUCUGUUCUUCUCUAAGCUUCUCUUGAGAUUUCUGCUGUGCUGCAGAGGACAGAGAAACCUACACAGAGGU